AAGCAAUCACGCCUAAAUUCAAAAAGUUUCCUGAAUAUGUUUCAGAUUUAAAUACAGACGGUGAUUUCUUUUCAUUUAUUGAUAAUGGGCAAGAUGUAGCAGAAAUUACUCCAAAUAAUGACUUACAUCAAAUAUAUUCAUUAAAGCAGCAUCAAAAUCAUAACGAAAUAAACGCGGAAAGUUUACAUACUUCAGAUGUUUUAAAUGGUUUUGCAUCAAGUCCAGACAAUGGAUUCGAUACUUUCAUAGAAUUCACCGAACCAAAUGGUGACUUUUUCAUCGAGAGUCAACCUUAUGGUGCUGGGAGUGACGCACAAUAUUUAUACGAAACAGAAGAGGAGAUUAAUAAUCAGGGAAUUAAACACAAUGAUAUGAAAAGUGCGCACAGUGCCAUUUCAAUGGACGACGGUUUUGGAGAUUUUGGAUUUUUUGAGGACUCGACAGAAAAAAGUUCCAUACCCAGUAAUGAAGCAUCAGGAUUUUCUGAUUUCAAACCUGUGAAUGCAAAGCCUCAAUUUGGCGUUGAGUCAUUGUAUUAUAAUGAUGUUAUUGAUCCAUUUGAAGAGGGCUUUGGGUCUUUCAAUUCUGAUGAUAGUGAUUGUGACACCAUUGAUACUAAGAGUUGUGUGACAAAUCACGACUGUUCAUGUUAUGGACUAUACCAAUGUCAUGGAAACAAAUGUACCACCCUCGCAUCUUCAUCUGAUUAUGGAAUAGAACAACCGUCGAUUGGUCAAUGGCAUGAUGAACCACUUGAUUUUGGAACAUGGGGAAAAUAGCAAAUUCCAAAAAUCUCAAUGCUACUAACUGCAUCUAAAUAAAACUUAUUUUCAAAUACAAAAUAUCCAUGAAUAACAUAAUACAAGACAACAAUAUAUUAAAGUUUUACAGAUUUUGCCGGUGUUAAUCAUUUAUCAAAGGGUUUAUAAUCACUAUACUUAAAUAUGAAAGUAACAUAUGAAGAUAUGUGCAUUUACAAUGUACA